AUGGGUUUCUUGGACAGCGGUGACAGGAAAGGCCUUGCGUCACUCUUGGAGCCGGCCCAGGCGCUGGGAGAGAGUGAGGGGGAGAGAAGGAGCACGCUAGUAGGCCAUGCUGGUAGUAGUAGCAGCCGCCGCCGCUGGAGGAGCCCCCACUCCCGGGCAGCCUCCCGCGCCUGGGAAGCCAACCCCCAGCAAGCAAGCAAGCAAGCAAGCGCCGCUGCUUGGCGGGAGCUGCCUGGCUCCCUCUGUGGAAGCCAAGCGCAGGAGGGAAGCCGCCUCACUCGGCUUUUGCCAGCCUCCGAGCCGCGAGAGCAGCGAGACGAGCCGUCCCCGUCAUCCGAUCCCAGCCGCCGAGCCAAAGCUGAGCGGAAGCAGCCCUCGUUUGGUUCCAAGCAGGAACUGCCUUGCCCAUACAUGGCGCUUCCUGCCCUGCGCGCCAUACAUGGCCCUUCCUCGCGCGCCAUAAAAGGCGCUUCCUUCCCUCGGCGGCUGCUGGCUCGAGGCCUGGCCUGGCCUGGCCCGGCCCAGCCCGGCGGCGGGAGAGCAAAGGGAACAAUCCGCCCGCGGGGGACUUCUGGCAGUGUUUUGGAUCAGGGACGUGGAACAUUUUUCCACCCUAAAGGCUCACAUUUCCUUGGGAGAAAUCUUCCAGGGCUUACAGGUAUACUUGAAACUACUGGAGACAAGACUGGAAACAUGAAGCCAUGUCUGGAGCCUGCAAGUCUGCAAGAUACAGUUCAAUCUAGUUCAAGCAUUUAAAUGUGUAUGAAAGGUCUGGUGCUUAUUAUGAAUCUUUAGUGAGUGCAUUCUGUCUCUCUGUCUCUCUCUUCCAGCCUCUAACAUCACUUUUGUUUUCUCCAUGAAUUGAUUUAAGUGACAUAGCAAGUUUAAAUUCAGUUGGACUGGUUAAUGAGAGGAAUAUAUUAUUUUGCACUUACCUGUAUGAAUGCCUGCAAAUUAAACAAUUUCACGUCCCUACAAGCAGAUCAUCCCCAUUUGACUCACAGCCAGGCUCAGUAUCUUUCCAGCUGCCUCCUAUGCGAGGACCAUAUGCAAAGCCAGGUGGACUACUUCCCAAUUCAGAAGGGCUUCAGGUAGCACCUGUGUGGUCAAGGCUGAGCUAACCAUUGUACGAAGCAUGAGUGAGGGAUAUCUCUACUGUCUAACAGGUGAUGGUGCUCCUGAGUAUGAAUAGCAAUCUUUGCUCUGUUCCAUCAGCUAAGCUAUUCUAGAAGUCCAUACAGUAUAGUAGUAACCAUUUCAUGACCAUGCAGCAGGAGAACCAGGGCCCUCCGCUAUACACUGGGUGAAGUGAAAACCUUUUCUGCUGCAGAAUAGUGCUUGUGUAGCCUUUAGUACAGCAGUACAGAUGCCUCACUUUCCAAAGGAGGCAUGGGAGGGUUGAGACCACUGUUCGUCGGCAUUGCACACAUCCAUUUAAUUGGCCAUUAUCAAGUGGUGGUGCUGAGCUACAUAUAAAAGUGGAUGAGGGUGGCAGAAAAAAUGGUCAGCUGGCAAUUUUGCACCGGACAUUUCAGAAAGAGGAGGAAAAGGCAGCAGCAAUCUAUGUUGUGUGCACGUUUGGCUUACUAUGAAGGUAAAGAUCUAGGGCAAAUUACAGGUCAUCAGAACCGUAUGCAGAGCAUAGAAUAUUGUUAUGCUCACCCCUCUUCUCCACGUGGUGAGAAGUUCCAGGAGUGUGGCACUUGCCCAGGUUCAGUUUGCUUUGGAAGGAAAUUAGUGGAGGCUUAUUGAUGUUUUGUAAUAUUUGCAUUUCCUUACUGAUAUCUAGUCUGGGCAUAGCGAGGCACAGUGUAAACCAAAGCUGGCUCCAGGUUUCAUAUGCUCUUGGGCAAAACUCUUUUUGUGGGCCCUUCUCCCUCUGAAACUACUUUCUCGCUGCAGUUAUCUCCUCUUCCUCCUCAUCACUACUGUUGUCUGCUUUAUUGCCAGGCAGAGAGAGGAUCAGCAAGCAGGCUGUGGUAUCUAUUGCUCUUGAGUUUUCCCUGCAAAGCACAUUUGGAGAUUCAGGUGACUUUAUAUUCCCAUGUCCACCUUGUGGGGCCAAAAGCAGCUGGGAUAAAAUUUUGAUUAGGGAAACGUAGGGCAGGGGGAGUUAAACACCCAUUCUACCAAUGUGGGGCUUCAAUUAAAUUAGCAGCACCCCACAGCUACUAUUCAAAAAGCAACAGGGGGCAAUAUCCAAUGCACUCAUUCCUUUAGCAGGAAGAUUUGUACUUGUGCAACAUAACUACCUACCCACUUACUGCCCUGUGCACCCCACCCCAAAUUUGCUCUGGAGGGCUGGGGGGGAAAUACAGAAUAUAUUAAUAAAUCUUUGUGCUUGCAGAAGGAGGUACCUAGUGCUACAAUGGCUACAAGACAGGAGCUCCAGUCACAGCAUUGGAGUAGCCAAGAGGGGGCAGGGAGGGGCAGCUGCCCCCAAUCAAUAAAAAUCAAUAAAAAUACAUAGCAAACUGAGGCUCUGCCCCCCCUAACAAAAGACCUGCUCCCCCUAACAAAAAUCCUUGCUACACCCAUGAGUCACAGGUCAUUUUAACAUGUAACUUUGUUCUCACAACCCUUUGAGGUUGCCUAGGCUGAGGGAGAGCCACUUGUCCAAAGUCUCCAAGUUUGGUAUAAAGCUUGAGCAGGGAUUCAAAGCACAUCCAAACCACAGUGCUCCAGCCACUACAUCACAUUAUAUAAUUUAUAAAGUAUUCCUAGAAUAAAUUAAGCUGAAGUCACAUUGCAUUUUGAAGUGUUUUUAUCAUUUGACAAUCUUCCCCUGCUUCAAUUAAUGUACAUUACAACCACUCACAAGUUAUUUUUUCCCCAAUUUUAAAUGCCUCUCUCCCACUCUAGCUAUUGCAGGAGUUGACACUCCCCGACUUGCCUGCUUUGGAUAGUGGCCCACAUUGCCCUGUGACUAGACACAGACACAAUAACAGCACAGUGUGGCUGGUGAUAAUGUGAAAUUUCCCCCCUUCUCUUUCUGCACUCUUCCCAUCUCAGUAGGAUUUUGUUUGCCACCUCCCUCUAGUCUAGAGAAACUGACAAAGUUAGAGAAAAGGUAUUCUCAUUUUGACCAUCUGUGACUCUCCCUUUGCCAAUGUUGUACCAUCCAGGACUACGUCUCCCAUCAGCCCCAGCCAGCACUGCCAAUAGUUAGGGAUGCUGAAAGUUCAUAGCACCAGGUUGGCAAAGGCUAAUGUAACUUAUCAGUGGAACUGGCAAGUUCAAGGGGAAACCUUGUCAAUUUAGAGUGCAAUCCUAUAGAUGCAGAACCAAGUUCCCUUGUUUUCCAUGGGUAUAGGACUGAAGCCAUAAUAUGCCUGUGUCUUUCCUUGAAAAAAGACAAAUAUGUGAACAACAGUGCUGGUGCACAUCAGCAACCACUAAGUAGACCUUGUCAAUUUCACUGGAGUCCAGCAAGGGUUGAUGAUGCCACUGAUGCUUGCAGUUGUGCAAAUGGAGGGGGAAGUAGGAAAGAGAGCCAUGCCACACACCUAUCCUGUCUAGUCAUGUUAUAUGGGAUCAAUUUCAAUCUGUUACCUCCGAGGAUGUGGACAGGCUGCUUGGAC